CGCAGAGCUCCCCGGAUGAGUGUCUGCUGUAGGCCUGGCCAAUCCUUCAGCUCCACUGCUAAUGUGGCUAAAGUUAGCUGUGUGAGCUAACGACGCGCUGCUUUCUUCUUAAUUCUCCGAGCCCGACUACGACCGAAUAUCAUGUUUGGUUCCUCAAGAGCUGGAGGCGCCCGAGGGGGCCAGGACCAUUUCAAUUGGGAUGACGUGAAAGUCGAUAAACACAGAGAAAAUUAUCUCGGAAACUCCUUGAUGGCCCCAGUAGGACGAUGGCAAAAAGGAAAAGAUCUAACGUGGUAUGCGAAAGACAAAAAAGGCGCACCUUUGACCAAAGAGCAGGAACUUGCUGCUGUCAAAGCGGCAGAGCACGAGGCACUGAUGGCCGCCCUGGGACACAAGAAUAUAAAGAGACAACCCACUGGGCUGACCAAAGAGGACCUUGUAGAAGUCUGCAGGAGGGAAGAGGUUGAUGGUGAAGAGAGAAAUGUGGAUCGCAUCUCCGGCCUGGGAAGCUCCAGUGCAGGGUUCAGAAAAAUGGUCUUGUCUGAACAAGAAAAGGAGGCAGCUAAAAUAGGCCUGCCGAUUUUUACACACCACAAGACUGAGAGUCGUCCAGAAACUUCAGCAACGAGAACAUCUGAGAGCACAGAAAUACAAGAGACGGAACAGCGGCACGAGAGCAAGAAGAAAAAGAAAGAAAAGAAGAGUAAAAAGGAGAAAAAGAAGAAGGAAAAGAAGAAGAAGAGGCACAGAAGAGACUCGUCCUCCUCAGAGUCGCAGGACGACAGAAAGAGGCAGAGAAAGGACCACCACCACCACCACCACCACCAUCAUCAUCAUAAUCCAUCAUACCCUAGUCAGAGUGGAGCCAGACCCCAUGACAGCCAUUCAAGAGGGGGGGCAAAGGCCGAGCGGGAGCCCUCCCACCCCCACCACCGAAAGCAGCGGCAUGACACGGACUCCUCCGACGGGGGGUCUCCUGUCCCCCGUAACCCUGCCAGCCACAAGAAGGCCCCUGCUGGUGCCGGACAAAGCCACAGGCGGCGCCACGACACAGACUCCGACGACUAAUGUCCCCAAUGACCCCCCCCCCACCCACCACCACCACCACCACCACGACUACCCCCUCAAUUCAGAGGUGCAUAACUGGACAGGGCGCUCUACAGCAGCUUGACCCGAGACCUGAUUUACCCUGAAUGUCCAAACAGACUCAGGAGAACACUGUAAAGCUCCACUCAGUGAGUCGGAUGUGACGGUGACUAGUGUUUCUUUGUUAUUAUUAUUAUUGUUUUAGGUUGCAUUUAACUUUUUUUGUGUGAUCAAAUCCCCAAAUAUCACAUAAUCUGUACUUUUUGGUUUUUAUCUAAUUGGAUAAAAUAUUUGGCAAAGUCGAUGGGAUGAUCUUUUUUUUCCCGCCUCUUUAAAGUGGCUUUAGAUAUUUCGGGAAACCUUUCACUACAACAAGCCCCUCACUUCAGUUGAGCCAAGCGACUGUUUCUUUUGGUAUUUUCGUCCUGAAGCCCCCGAAGAUGCCCCCUUGACACAUGUCCUCCAUCCCACUGUCCUCCGUGCCCCCGCUCAGGAACUCCCGUCCCCGUUCCUGCUCUCAGUCGUGCCAGCGCUCCUUAAUCCCUCAUCCCUCUAGGUUCAGCUCCCUGACUGGUGCGACACCGUUGGAAUGCUCUCCACCGGUCAUAAUAGAGUGUAGUGUUUGCAUUUGCCUCUGAACUGGUCUGAAAGAGGGUAUUUGCUGGCUGGCACCUGGGAGGGGGUACACUAAAAAAAAAAAAAAAAAAAAAAAAGAGCAAGACAUUCAUAAAGGAGAGUGCAAAAAACCAGGCUGGUCCCUUUUAUAUGGCCGGGUACCGUUAGACCGCCACACACAAACCAAGCUGAUGAAGCAGCAGGAGAGGAGGGCUAGACAAAGGCACCCUAUGAGGGACCCAAGACUCGAACUGCCUCCCCUUUCCACCGCCACCAUACUCUCCUGCCAUGUUUUAUAGGCUUGGCUGCAUUAACCACAGCAGCCUAAUCAACCUCCAAGAAUGCCGUCCUAGAUUGCCACCCCUCACACAAAGCCGAACCGGGUGUGCUCUCCACGUUACCGCGUUAACCUCGACGCUGGGUGGUUUCAUCACCUCGGGGCAUCGCAUUUCUUCCUAGGUCAAGGGGUGACGGCCUUAAGGGGUUGCUAUGACAACGGCCUUUUUUUUUUUUUUUUUUGGGUUUGUUUAAGUAUUUUUGCUCCUAAGUGUCUCGCUGUUCUGUUAAGGCUGUAAUUACAGAUUCGAGAUAAUUAUCCAAAAAGAAAAAAAAACUGUUUCCCAUUUGAAUACGGACGUAAAUGUUAAAUAUUUUUUUCAGUGAAGUGAUUGAGAUGGAGGUUUAGACCUUCGAAUUCCGUGUGAACCAAUAAAUCAGAUGCAGAAACAUUUUGUAUCCAGUUACUUUUAAUCAACAGUGCUUUUUUUUCCUCACAAAACAAAAGCUUUACAUAAAAACAUACAUGAACUCAAGAGGUUAAUAUCACAUUUAGGCAACUAUAAAUCAAAGGAAAAAAAAAAGAUUAAUGCACCCACAAGACGUAAAGUUAACACCCACACCUUUUUAGAAAUAAAAAGAGGCAAUUUUUGGAUAUAUAAUUUAAAAAAAAAAAAAAAAAGGCAUUUGUGUGGUCUAUUAUCUGCCCCAAGGACAAUGUGCUGCAAAAGGAAGAAAUAUUGGCACUAGUUAAAAGACGUAGCUAAUUUUGUAUUGCCAUAUGAAUUCAAUUUCCUACAGUGGGUUAAAUAAAAAGAAGGCGUUACUGGUCGGAGGCUUUAGUGAACACACUGAGCUGCUCCUUACAGUUGCCUCUCACAAAACAAACAGUGUAGGGAAAGUGGAAAUAAGUACUAAGUGGGGUAAUAGUUCCUCUGCUGCCUUACAACGUAAACACCCAGUAGAUAUACAUGCCCUUAAAAACCAACGGAUAACAUCAUGCAGUUUUGCUAACAGGUACAUUGGAAAGGCAGCACAUGAUCAACCUGAGACUAAAAUAUAAAAAAUCCAAUGCAGGUUCCACAGACUGCCUUCCCCAACUACAAAAAGAGCAGGUAGUUCUUUUUUGCUUUUUGUUUUUCAGUUUAAGCCAUCACACAAUAACAAAGGCUGGUGAGUGUUCACAGAAAGGAGUGAUGUCGGUGUAGAGUACCAAUAAUCAAUGCCAGUGUUCGCUAAUGAUCAUUUGAAGGGCUGGUACAUGUAGUCAUUGGUACAAAGUUGCCUUCGUAGCUGCAAGUAGUGCAUCAGUGUAUAGUUCAGUUUUUUAAAACAUGAAAAGCCCCUCGGUGAUCAGUCCCUACAGUACAUGUGACCAGAUAAUAAGAAGCCAUUAGAUUGAAUUGAGGUCCUGGGGCCAACAUGUGCUGGUAAACUCCUUGCCUCCCUUUUUUUCUUUUCUUUUCUUUUUUAGUUUUAAGUCAAUGCACACAUGGCUGCCCGACAGCCAGAAAGAGAAAUAACCACGGCAGGAUUUUUCAAAGAGUGCAAUCAGUUGCCCCCAUUACCAGGUAUAUUUACAGUUCCAUAAAAUAAGAAAAAAAAUAAAAUAAAA